AUGCGAAGUGUCAGAAGCCAGGAUCGACUUCAAGGAUUUGACCAUAAACCUGAGAGAACAUUUCACAGGAGGUUGAGGGUAGCAAGGGACAUGAAUAAUAUUCAGGCACUUGUUCAAUUUCCUGGGAACAUGGCAAAUGAGCAAUAUAUGGCUAUUCAGGAGGUAGCAAUGCCCAGUAUUGCUAAUAUUACCUCCAGCAUAGUGAAGCCCAGAAUCACUGGGCACUUUGAGCUGAAACAGAGCAUGAUCCAACUACUUCAUGCAAACGGCUUGGGAAAGGUUCAAGGGGCUACUCAGAGACUGUCUCAUCACAAUCAGACAAAUGAAGUGUUAGUUCACACUUUCAUAGAAGGGCUCCAUCCCCAAACAAAAAUUGUAGUAGAUGCUGCAGCUGGAGGUCAAGUAUUGGAGAAAAUCUUUGAUAAAAUUAAUGCAUUAUUGAACAAAUUCUCCAAAAGCAAUCCGGAUUGGCAAAGAGAGAUGGGUAGGAACCUGGUACAAAUAUCACCAGGGGUUCUUGAAUUAGAUGUUGUCUCAUCAUUGUCAGCACAGGUCUCUACACUGACCAACCAAGUCAAUCAGAUGACAAUGAUCAUUAACAAGCAACAAGCCCAGCCAGUGCAACAAGUUCAAAUAUUUUAUGAAGUAUGUGGAGAGGGUCACAUGAGCAAUCUAUGGCCAGCAAAUCCAGAGUCUUAUGGGGACACUUACAAUCCCAACUGGAGGAAUCACCCAAACUUCUCCUGGGGUGGAAAUCAAGGCAAUCGGAAUCAAUACCGGCCUCAAGCACCUCAACAACAAUGCAGAUCACCUCAGGCUGAACAACAAGCUAGCCUUGAGGAGAUGAUGAAGAAAUUGAUGGCCGACCAAGCCCAAAAUACUAGACCAGUAGGGGCUCUUCCUAGUGAUACUGAGCCCAAUCCUAAAUCUCAAGUCAAUGCAGUUACCUUGAGAAAUGGAAGAGCAUUAGAAGAAGUUCCAAAGAAAAAGAAGAAUACAGCUCAUCCUGAAGGAGAAUUAGUUCCCAAACCAGUUGAGGGGAAUAAGAAAGAUAAUAAAGGACCCGAGCCAGUAAUUGAGACUAGGCCACCACCUCCGUUUCCACAAAGACUGCAAAAGCAAAAAGAUUAUGCUAUGUACAAGAAAUUCCUAGAUAUUUUGAGCCAAGUGAGUGUGAAUUUGCCUUUAGUGGAAAUUUUGCAUGAAGUGCCUAAGUAUACAAGGUAUCUCAGAGAUAUUGUGGCAAACAAACGAAGACAUGUAGAGUUCGAAGCAGUUGCACUUACUGAAGAGUGA